AUGUUCCGCAUCGGCGUCGACGUCGGCGGCACCAACACCGACAGCGCGCUCCUGGACGUGACGCAGCUAGCCUCGCCAUCUCGCGGCGUCCUCGCAACCUGCAAGACGCCGACCACCCCCAAUGUCACCGAAGGCAUCCAGACGGCCAUCCAAGACGUCCUGCUGACGUCCAGAGUCGACCGCUCCAAGAUCCUCAACGUCGCAAUCGGCACCACCCACUUCGUCAACGCCGUGGUCGAGAAGGAUGCGCGCCGCCUCAGCAAAGUCGCCGUGCUGAGGUUGUGCGGACCCUACACGAGACAACUACCGCCCUUCAUUGACUUUCCCUACGCGUUGAAGGCGGUCAUCCAAGGGCCGCACUACUUCCUCAACGGCGGGCUCGAAAUCGACGGGCGGGAGAUCACGCCCCUGAACGAGCAGCAAAUCCGAGACGCCGCCGCCGAGAUCCACGCCGCCGGCAUCAGCGCUCUCGCCCUCGUGGGCGUCUUCUCGGCCCUCGACUCCUCCGGCCGCCACGAAGAGCGCGCCAAGGCCAUCAUCCAAGAGGCCUAUCCGCACAUGUCGGUCGUCUGCUCGCACACCAUCGGCGGGCCCGGCCUUCUCGAGCGCGAGAACGCCACCAUCCUCAACGCCUCGAUCCUGGCCUUUGCGCGACGCACCGUCGCCGGCUUCCGGCGGGCGAUGCAACAGCUAAACCUCCGCUGCCCGCUGUAUGUGACGCAGAACGACGGCACGCUGGCCGAUGCCGCGGCGGCAGCAGAACUGCCGGUCAAGACCUUUGCGAGCGGGCCGACCAACUCGCUCAUGGGCGCCGCCUUCCUGCAGGGGCUCGGACAGGGCUCACAGGCCGCCAGUGACAAGCAAGUCAUCGUCGUGGAUAUCGGCGGCACGACGACCGACAUCUGCGCCUUGCUGCCCAGCGGAUUCCCGAGACAGGCUCCGAACUUCGUGGAGGUGGGUGGCGUGCGGACGGCAUUCAGCAUGCCAGAGGUCUUUUCCAUUGGCUUGGGCGGCGGGAGUCGCGUGCGCGAGGAUGGUGCAAAGGUCACUAUCGGCCCGGAUAGCGUUGCUCAUCGGCUGAAACAAGAGGCUUUGGUGUUCGGAGGUCAGGCCCUGACGACCACCGAUGUGAUUGUCGCGGCUGGAGGUGUCAGUGUUGGUGACACGCAUCUCGUCAAACACAUCACCCCGGAGCAGAUCACGAGGACGAAGACGGAAAUCAAAAGGAUGAUAGAGAAAGCCGUAGAUGCCAUGAAGGUAUCGGCAGAACCGGUGGUCGUGCUGUUGGUAGGUGGUGGGUCCAUACUGGUGACGGAUGACCUAGACGGCGUCGAGCAGUGCCUGUGCCCUCCACAUCAUGAUUCAGCCAAUGCGGUGGGGGCUGCCAUCGCAAAAGUCUCGGGCGAGGUCGAUCUGAUCGAGGUAUUGCUGGGGAGAGACGAGGCCGAGAUCCUCGCUUCUGUGAAAAAACGAGCAGUCGAGGACGCUAUCGCUAGAGGGGCAGAUCCUGACCGCGUUGACAUCGUCCAGGUCGAGAAGAUCCCGCUACAGUAUGUCACCAACAAAGCGACACGCUUGGUUGUGAAGGCUGUCGGUGAUCUGAAGGUCUCCCACGCAGCGCUGACGAGUCCAACGGAGACGAAUGGGGAUCAAGGCAAAGCAGAUGCCGUGCAGGCACCAGAAACAAGGAAGAGUGAGAUUCUGUCCCAGGAACUGGGGAGCCUGGCCAGGCCUACACUGGACGUAGACCUGAACACAUACAGACCAGAGGUAAGGGACCGAGUGUGGUAUCUCUCUCCAGUUGAUGUCGAGCUCAUUGCUUCCGGCACCGGCAUCCUGGGCACUGGUGGCGGCGGAUCCUCAUACAACAUGGCGCUGCACACGCUUAACAUCCUGCGCCAGCAAGGUCCAGGCAGGAUGCGAGUUGUGGCGCCGGAGUCUCUCGCUGACGAUGACAUCUGUGUCGAGGGCGCAGGAUAUGGAGCCCCGAGCGUAAGCAAUGAGAGGAUCGCUUCUGGUCAGGAGGUGUUUGACGCCGUCGACACCGUGAACAGGAUAAUGGGAUACAAAGACUUUACUGCUAUUGUGGCAGUCGAGAUCGGAGGAGGUAACGGGCUGGUGACCUUCCCUUCUAGCGCACAUUACGAUCGGCCCGUCGUGGACUGCGACCUGAUGGGCCGUGCUUAUCCUACCAUCGAGCACACGACACCUUAUCUUUUCGGCGAGGACGUGUGCCCCUGUGCGACGACAGAUGGAGCCGGCAAUGCGGUUGUGGCAAUGAACGCCCAGUCCUACCGCAAAGUCGAAGGGAUGAUCCGGACUGCAUGCAUUGAGCUGGGCAACGCUACCGCUGCCGCAGGUGCUCCAUUCAAAGGUUCCAUCAUCAAGAAGUAUGCUGUGCCCAACACCGUAUCCCAGGCAUGGUUCCUGGGUCGAGCUGUGCAUAUGGCGCGGCAGACCAAGGUUGACUUCAUCAAGGCUAUUGGGAGCGAAACUCCAGUGAAGUUGCUGUAUACGGGCAAAGUGAUUGACGUGACCCGCGAUGUUUCAAGAGGAUACACCGUUGGUCGAUGUCUUCUAGCGCCUCUCUCGUCCGACGAGCUGCAGGACACGGGACCUGGAGUAGCGGCUGAGACCAGGAACAUGGUGAUUCCGUUCCAGAACGAAUACCUAGCAGCGGCGUUUGUCGUGCCGGGCCAGGCCGAUGAGGCUGGAGAGAUGGCCUGUACGGUGCCUGAUCUAAUAUCCAUCCUUGGACAGGAUGGCGAGGCGUUGGGAUCUCCGGAGUUGAGAUAUGGUCUGCGGGUGAAGGUUAUCGCCAUGCCGGCCUCGCCAAUAUGGACAAAGACGGAACGCGGCUUGCAAGUGGGUGGCCCUGAGUUCUUCCAGCUUGGGUGUGACUAUAAGAGUAUCGGCGAGUAUCAGAAGCCGCGAAGUGUGAUAGACGAGUUCUCGCGGUAA